AUGGUCCCAUCUGCCUCCCCACCACUACCACACCCACCCCUCCACCCACGCCCCACCACACCCCGCCCCCUCCACCCACACCCCACCACUACCACGCACCCUCCACCCACACCCCACCACUACCACGCCCCGCCCCACCACUACCACGCCCCCUCCACCCACACCCCACCACUACCACGCCCCCUCCACCCACACCCCACCACUACCACGCCCCGCCCCACCACUACCACACCCCUCCACCCACACCCCACCACUACCACGCCCCCUCCACCCACGCCCCACCACAACCACGCCCCGCCCCACCACUACCACACCCCUCCACCCACACCCCACCACUACCACGCCCCCUCCACCCACACCCCACCACUACCACGCCCCGCCCCACCACUACCACACCCCUCCACCCACACCCCACCACUACCACGCCCCCUCCACCCACGCCCCCACCACUACCACGCCCCGCCCCACCACUACCACACCCCGCCCCACCACUACCACGCCCCACCACUACCACGCCCCUCCACUACCACACCCCUCCACCCCCGCCCCCCACCACUACCACGCCCCACCACUACCCACCCCGCCCCACCACUACCACACCCCUCCACACCACACCCCGCCCCCUCCACCCACACCCCUCCACUACCACACCCCGCCCCCUCCACCCACGCCCCACCACUACCACACCCCACCACUACCACACCCAGCCCCCUUCACCCAACCCAGCCCCCUCCACUCCACCCACCCCAGCCCCCAUCUUGUAUCCUUCCUUCAGAACAGCUCUGCUGA